CGGAAUGUUCAACUCCUGACUCCGGCGGAAGCGUGGGAGCCGCGCGGGCCGCGUCCUCUCGACCCCCGGUCGCCGCCCCUGCCCUCGCCGCGCGCCGAGCCUCGGCGCCCCCGGCUGCUCGCGCCCGGCCCGGGAGCCAGAUUUUGUGGAAGUCUAAUACUUUGUCAUUAUGCGAUGUCGUCUCUCGGUGCCUCCUUUGUGCAAAUUAAAUUUGAUGACUUGCAGUUUUUUGAAAACUGCGGUGGAGGAAGUUUCGGGAGUGUUUACCGAGCCAAAUGGAUAUCACAGGACAAGGAGGUGGCUGUAAAGAAGCUGCUAAAAAUAGAGAAAGAGGCAGAAAUACUCAGUAUCCUGAGUCACAGAAACAUCAUCCAGUUUUAUGGAGUAAUUCUUGAACCUCCCAACUAUGGUAUCGUCACAGAAUAUGCUUCUCUGGGAUCACUCUAUGAUUACAUUAACAGUAACCGAAGUGAAGAGAUGGACAUGGAUCACAUUAUGACCUGGGCCACUGAUGUAGCCAAAGGAAUGCACUACUUACAUAUGGAGGCUCCUGUCAAGGUGAUUCACAGAGAUCUCAAGUCAAGAAAUGUUGUUAUAGCUGCUGAUGGGGUAUUGAAGAUCUGUGAUUUUGGUGCCUCUCGAUUUCACAACCACACAACACAUAUGUCCUUGGUUGGAACUUUCCCUUGGAUGGCUCCAGAAGUAAUCCAAAGUCUCCCUGUGUCUGAAACUUGUGAUACCUAUUCCUAUGGUGUGGUUCUCUGGGAGAUGCUAACAAGGGAGGUCCCCUUUAAAGGUUUGGAAGGAUUACAAGUAGCUUGGCUUGUAGUGGAAAAAAACGAGAGAUUAACCAUUCCAAGCAGCUGCCCCAGAAGUUUUGCUGAACUCUUACAUGAAUGCUGGGAAGCUGAUGCCAAGAAACGACCGUCUUUCAAGCAAAUCAUUUCAAUUCUGGAGUCCAUGUCAAAUGACACUAACCUUCCUGACCAGUGUAACUCAUUCCUGCAUAACAAGGCAGAGUGGAGGUGUGAAAUUGAAGCAACACUUGAGAGACUGAAGAAACUAGAACGUGAUCUCAGCUUUAAAGAGCAGGAGCUCAAAGAACGAGAAAGACGCCUGAAGAUGUGGGAGCAAAAACUGACUGAGCAGUCAAACACCCCGCUGCUGCCUUCCUUUGAGAUCGGCGCGUGGACCGAAGAGGACGUGUAUUUUUGGGUUCAGCAACUCGUCAGAAAAGGUGACUCCUCAGCAGAGAUGAGCAUCUACGCAAGCUUGUUUAAGGAAAACAACAUUACAGGAAAGCGACUGCUUCUUCUGGAGGAAGAAGAUUUGAAAGACAUGGGCAUUGUCUCCAAGGGGCAUAUCAUCCAUUUAAAGUCAGCCAUUGAGAAAUUAACCUAUGAUUACCUAAACUUGUUCCACUUCCCACCACUAAUUAAGGAUUCAGGAGGUGAACCUGAGGAAAAUGAGGAAAAAACAGUGAACCUUGAACUUGUUUUUGGCUUUCACUUGAAACCAGGAACUGGCCCACAGGAUUGUAAGUGGAAAAUGUAUAUGGAGAUGGAUGGGGAUGAAAUUGCAAUAACCUACAUCAAAGAUGUGACAUUCAACACUAACCUACCUGAUGCAGAGAUUUUAAAGAUGACAAAGCCCCCGUUUGUAAUGGAGAAGUGGAUUGUAGGAAUAGCGGAAAAUCAGACCGUAGAAUGCACUGUCACAUAUGAGAGUGAUGUUAGAACUCCAAAAAACACAAAACAUGUCCAUUCAAUUCAGUGGAGCAGAAUGAAACCCGAGGAUGAAGUGAAAGCAGUCCAACUUGCCAUUCAGACAUUAAGUCUCAACUCGGAGGGCAACCCUCGGAGCAGAUCUGACUCAAGUGCCGACUGCCAGUGGUUGGAUACUCUGCGGCUGCGGCAGAUCGCAUCCAACACCUCUCUGCAGCGCUCCCAGAGCAACCCCAUUCUGGGGUCGCAAUUCUUCCCGUUCUUCAAUGACCAGGAUUCCUACGCGGCUGCGGUGAGGCGGACCCAGGUGCCCAUCAAGUAUCAACAGAUUAUACCUAUAAACCAGUCCAGAAGCUCCUCCCCUACUCAGUACGGACUAACCAAAAACUUCUCUUCUAUACAUCUCAACUCCAGGGACAGUGGCUUUUCCAGUCUUAAUACCGACAACUCUUCCGAGAGGGGUCGAUACGCAGGCAGAAGCAGGACCAAAUAUGAUCGGGGUAGUGUGUCACUCAAUUCCUCUCCUAGAGGACGGUACGGUGGGAAAAGUCAGCGUUCCACGCCCUCAAGAGAAAGAUACUCUGGAAACUUCUAUGGUGUUUCUCAGUCUGAACUCAAUACUCAGCAGUCACCUGACUUCAAGAGAAGCCCGAAUGAUCGCCGUCCAUCCAGGUCCAUCCCAGGGAUGCCUUUGCACACUGAAACUGACACAAAAGCCGCUGAAGAAGAGAACAAAGUCAGCGAAGGGGGAUGGACAAAAGUGGUUUACCACAAGAAAGCCCACAGGCCCACUCCUGCCAAAACUAACAAAGAGCGAGCUAGAGGAAACUAUCGCGGAAGGAGAAACUUUUGAUGAUCUGAACUAGAUGAGUUUUUCUAAAAGAGCUUUUUUUUUUUUUUAAUUAGCAAAAAAAGACAACUAUUGCAUUUAUUGGAUUUGGGAAAGAUCUAAUUGAGACCAAGCUAAAUUUUGGGCCAAAAUCAUGGAUGUGAGUGGCCCAAGUGAUGAUAAAUAGACUUACACAUAACUAUCCAUACUUCCCCUCAAAACUCAAGUUUUAGAGGCAGAAACAUGCCAUCAUUUUACCCUAACUAUAACCUUCUGGUUAGUAGGCCCCGGGCUAGGGCCAGAUGAUGUGGUAGCACUGGUCCUGUGUGCAAACUUUAGGGGAACACUAAAAAGAACAGCAAUCAAGAUGAAUAAUAUUCUAAUGCUGUGUUCAAAUAAAUGAAAAUUAAUGCAAAACAUCUUUGAUACACAGAAAUUCAAAAUUCUAGGUAAAGACAGAAUCAGCAUUCCUGAUUUUUACUUUUGUCUAAGGUUCCAAUAUGGAGUGGCACGGCACUGUUACUGAUCUGUGUUUAUUUAAAAUGUGACAUUUUAUUCCUCGUGAAUUUUUUUGCAUUAAUUUUGUUUUAAAAAAAGGUUGCAUUGGAUAUUAGUUAUUUUGAUUACUGAGGGAUUUUUUUUUUUUUUUUUUUGCUUGUUUGUUUGUUUUUUAAUGCCCUCUUAAAUUUCACACCCAAAGCAAGCACCUCACUUGCCUUUCUUCGGUCUUGACACCGCUGGUUUGUAUUUAUUUUAGUAAGAUAUUUGGGUUUUUGUCAUGGUCAGAACUGAUUUGGUUUGUGAUUUUCAGGCAAUAAAGAGGUUAUUGAACUUAAUGUUGAUUAUGAUGCCUCUCAUUCAUUAACUUCAUCAGAAACCAAAGAUCUAAAUUGCCUAGGAGAUCUAUGGUGCUUUCUUUCCCUGAGCUUCCAAGUAUGCUUUUGAAUAUUAUUUCCUACAUUUUACCAAAGGAAGAGCAAAGAGGGAAAAUCACCGUCCAUACGGACCUCUUAGAAUAUCAGAAAUUUAAAAUCUAAAACAAAACAAAACAAAACAAAACCAGACACAGGGCAUGAUAAUGAUGUCACAGGCUCAAAGCCAGAGAAAUUUAAAAUUACCAACAUCCUUGUUAGAGCAAGACAGUAAAUACCAUCCUUGCAGCAAGAAAACUCUAAGCAGCUGGGGGUAAAGAGGUAGCCGGUGCGGGUGGGAGGAA